AUGUCAACUCCAGCUACUACUGCUACCUCCUCCACUGCGAUUACGUACCCUAAAAGACCGAUACAGACUGUUGCAUUCAGUUGUCAGUUGGAGCUUAUUGAAAAAAUCAGUUUGAACAACUCCAAAAACGAGCAGCAGAACCAAAGAUAUCAUCAGAACUACCCCCACCAACACCAUCACCCUCAUCCGCAGCAAAACAAGUCCCAAAGUCAAGGUCAAGGUCAAGGCCAAAACCAUCAUGGUCACCAAAAUGGUCACAUGAGUAGUGGGAAUCAUUUAAACAAUUAUUCAAAUAGCAAAGGGCACGGAAGAGGAGGAUAUGGCCAUCACAACAACAACAACUUUUCGGCCCAUAACCACCAUAGCAGUAGCCAUCACCAACACCAUUUGCAACAGCAGCAAAACAAGUAUGCGCUAGCAGCUGUGGCGGCAGCGGCAGCUGUUCAGCACCAGCAACAACAAACCUACUUGAUGCAGCAACAAGCCGCUUUGGCCCAGAAGCAACAUCAAGAAGCCCAGCAGCAGCAGCAGCAGCAACAACAGCAAAGAGUGCACCAGAACCAAAGAGCACCUAUUAUGCAUUUCCAACAGCAGCAAUUGGGCCAAGCACAUGUAUUGCACCAGAGGCAGCACCAGCAGCACCAACAGCUACAACAGCUACAACAACAGCAACAACAACAACAGCAGCAGCAGCAGCAACAGCAGCAACAUCAACAUCAACAUCAACAACAGCAGCAGCAUUUUGCCAACCAUCCGUUUUCCCAGCAGCAAAGUAUCAAUGUCUACAAAUCUGCUCAAGGUUCGAUGUUUUCGCAGCCACCUCCUCAAGUAUUUGGCGACGACUCCAAUGGAUCUUUCAUUGGCCAAAACACCACGGGAGGCAGUUUUCAGUCGCAAUUGCAAAACAACUUUGUAAUGUCAAAUGGAAGCAACAACUCGGUGAGCUCCACGUCUUCAUCGUCGGAUUCCACCCCGAGCGUUUUCCCAAAGGUGUUUGACAAUUCUCCCAACGUUCUUCAAGACCAAAGAACAUCGAUUCAGAAGGGCUCACCGCCAAGUUUGUUGUUGUCCACCAGUAUCCCAUCGGCUACCCCCACCACCACAAGUUUUCUCAACUCGCCUUCCUUGUUAUCGACGACUGGCUCCACCAGUAGCAAAAUAUGGAAUGGCGCUACUACUACUACUACAACUAAUGUCAAUACUACUACGGGUACUACUACCACUACAGCAAAUGGGAACUCCACUCCAUCGACGAUGACCACGGGCUCAAUCUGGGCAAAACCAACCUCAAAUCACACGGUUGGAGCUCCAAACGGUGGACAAUUGGCAUCAAGUUUUGGCUCAUCCAAGAUUUGGUGA